AUCCCUAACCUAACGCAGUGAGAGAAGUGAGAAGAAAGAAAGAAGGAAAGUUGAAGUUGCGUUUUUUCUUUGUGUUGUGUGUGUGUUGAAUCGAAUCCGAAUAAAACGAUGUCGUACCUGUUGCCUCACUUGCAUUCUGGAUGGGCUGUGGAUCAGGCAAUCCUUGCAGAGGAGGAGCGUCUCGUUGUGAUCCGUUUCGGUCACGAUUGGGAUGAGACCUGCAUGCAGAUGGAUGAGGUGCUGGCAUCAGUUGCGGAGACAAUAAAGAACUUUGCGGUGAUAUACCUAGUGGACAUAACGGAGGUUCCUGAUUUCAACACAAUGUACGAACUGUAUGAUCCAUCAACAGUGAUGUUCUUCUUCAGGAACAAGCACAUUAUGAUAGACCUUGGCACAGGUAACAACAACAAGAUCAAUUGGGCUCUCAAGGACAAACAAGAAUUCAUUGAUAUCAUCGAAACUGUCUACAGAGGUGCUAGGAAAGGACGUGGUCUCGUCAUUGCUCCCAAAGAUUACUCCACCAAGUACCGCUACUAAUUAUUAUUAGUAGUCUUGUAUCUAUCAAAGUUAAAUAAACAAACUCUACCUUUAUUGUCUUGUCUUUCUAAACAUGUAUAAUGAC